UCUCUGGGCUCUGGGCUAGGGACUUCGGCAGGCCAAGGGGGAGGUGCGGGUGGAUAGAAAGGACAGGUCUGGGCAGCGCUUGGAGGUUGGCACCCGUUCCCGCACUCAUUCAAGCGGUUGUACGCCCUUGUCCCAGCAGGUCUCGCUGACCGCGUCAGCUGCGUUUUCUGCGAUCUCGCACCCUGAACUCGUCUGCAAACGUCCUGGCGUCUGUCUCCACCAUGCCUAGCCUUUGGGAUCGCUUCUCUUCAUCCUCCUCUUCGUCCUCUUCCUUGUCCCGAACUCCCUCCCCAGAUCAGCCGCCGCGCUCCGCCUGGGGGUCGGCGGCCCGAGAAGAGGGGCUCGGCCGCUGUGCGAGCCUGGAGAGCUCGGACUGCGAGUCCCUCGACAGCAGCAACAGUGGCUUCGGACUAGAGGAAGGUGAGCCGUGGACCGGGGCCGGGCGCGAUCCGAGCGGCCUGGGAGACUCAGCAUACCUGGAUGGGGUGUCCCUGCCCGACUUCGAGCUGCUUAGCGACCCUGAGGAUGAGCACCUGUGUGCCAAUCUGAUGCAGCUGCUGCAGGAGAGCCUGGCCCAGGCUCGGCUGGGAUCGCGGCGCCCAGCGCGCCUGCUGAUGCCCGGCCAGUUGGUGAGCCAGGUGGGCAAAGAACUACUGCAUCUGGCCUACAGCGAGCCGUGCGGCCUGCGGGGGGCGCUGCUGGACGUCUGUGUAGAGCAGGGCAAGAGCUGCCACAGCAUCGGUCAACUGGCCCUCGACCCCUGCCUGGUGCCCACCUUCCAGCUGACCCUUGUGCUGCGCCUAGACUCACGCCUGUGGCCCAAGAUCCAAGGGCUGUUCAGCGCCGCCAACUCCCCCUUCGUCCCUGGCUUCAGCCAGACCCUGACGCUGAGCACAGGCUUCCGAGUCAUCAAGAAGAAGCUAUACAGCUCGGAGCAGCUGCUCAUUGAGGAAUGUUGAACUUGGGCCUGAGGGGCUAACACUGCCCCUAGGGCAGAGAAAACUGAACUUUUUGGGGUGGACGUUGGCAGGCAGGAGCUGAGGGACUGAUACCUGUCAUUAAAAAACUGACAACAGUCACCUGGGAGAAGGAAGGUCAAGGUCGGGGGAACAUAGCAUAGUGUUUCCUGGGAAGCUCACUUAGGUAUGUGCAGGUGGCUCCCCGUUGGGGGCACAUGCCCCUCAGUACUGUAGCAUGAAACAAAAGCUUAGGGGCCAACCAGGCUUCUGGCUGGAUGUGUAUGUAGCAUGUACCUUAUUACUUUUAUCGUUACUGACAGUUAAAACAACAGUAGUGUGACAGCCAGGAGAGCAGCUGGGCUGCACUGGCCUUUACAAGGCAAGGGGGGUGUGCUGGUGGAGCCGGCCCUGGUGGGAGGGGGGGAAUCAUUGAAGUGCUUUGUAUCUCAUGGUCUGAAGGGGCCAAAUGUGUGUGUUCUUUGUUUGUGUAUCUUUUGGUUUUUUGAUCAGAGCUUCACUACUGACCUGUUCCAGGCAGCUAUCUUACAGACGCAUGAAUGUAAGAGUAGGAAGGGGUGGGUGUUGGGAUCACUUGGGGAUCUUUGACACUUGAAGGAAAAAUACACCUGGGAGCUGUGUUCAGUCCCUCCCAUAAUGUGUACUGAAGAGUUGAGCUGUGAGGGGAAGGGGCUGAUGGGGGUGUGGGCUGGACCCCUCCCCAGAGGAGUGUCAUCUGGGUCUUCCAUCUAGAACUGUUUACAUGAAGAUACUCACUGUUCAUGAAUACACUUGAUGUUCAAGUAUUAAGACCUAUGCAAUAUUUUUUACUUUUCUAAAUAAAAAAAAUGUUUGUUAAAACGG